AUGCUGCAUGCUGCCAUAGUAAUCGGAAAUAAUAACCUGUGUGAGGUAUAUUCUAGGAAAUCAGAAGUAGUUCCCUUUUCAUGCUGGGUUAAUGCUUACAUAACUUGUUUUCUUGUGCAACUUCAGUUUUACUGCCUUCCACCCUCUUUUUCACAUACAUUUAAUUCUUUGAAGCUUGAUAUUCUUUGUCUCAUUGAUCUGAAACCUUUACAGAAACUGUCAUUAACAUGUAACAAAAAUAGUUUAGAGGAGGUGGAUUGUCUUAUUGCCCUUGCCCAUCAUUUGGAAAUAGGAUCCAGCCUAGGCUGUAAUAAUUUCUUGCUGCUUGUUUAG